AUGGAAUUAGAAAACUUAAAACAACAGUUUGAUGUAUAUCUAGAAAUUGUUGGAGAUGAAGUUGAAAAAGUUGGAGAAAAUGAAUGGCAAACUACUAUUGAAGAUGAACAUCAUUCAAAUAUUAGUAUAAUUCUUACAUUUAAAUUUAAUGAAAAUAAAUUACCAUAUUUUACAAGUUCAAUAGAAUUACCACCAUUUUCUGAUUUUAUUAAUUUUGAUGAAUUUAAAAUGAAAAAUAAUGAAAUGAUUUCAAAUUUCUUAGUUGAUGAAGAAUCACCAUUUUUUAAUUUAUAUACUACACUUAAAACAUUAAUAGAAGAAUGGAAUGAUAAACAAGGAGAAAGUAGUUCAUCAUUAUUUGAACGAUUAGAACGAUUUGAUGAAAUACCAAUUCAAGAUUCAACAAAUGAAAGUAAAAAUACAACAAAUUAUAGUCAAUCAGUAACUAUAUGGAAAGAUUUUCAUUAUGAUACAUUAAGAAUAUCAACAACAAAAAAUAAAUUGGAAGUUAUUGAAAAGAUUCUUGAUAUUCUUAAAACACCUGAUUAUAAAUAUAUUGAAAAAUAUACUAUUAUACGUUAUUAUAAUGAUGAAAUAUGGUUAAUGAAACCAUGUACAGGAAGUGUUUUAUUUGAUAUAAUAUUUAAUAUUGAUAAUAUAUCACAACCAUUAUCUCAAUUAAUGAAAGCAUUCCAAUAUCUUUAUUCUCAUGGAUUAUUUCAUGGAAAUGUAACUAAAGAAAGUAUUGUUUAUACACCAUCAUCAAAUGUUAAUGUUGCAGAUUGGGUUAUAAUAUAUUUAUUAGAAGGUAAUUUAUAUCCAGAUUCUCCUCUUUUAAGAGGAAAUAUUCUCAAAAAAGAUUUAGAAGCAAUUGCUUUAUUAAUUGAAGAAACAAUUGGUGGAAUGAAUUUAAGUGUUCAAUUAACUGGAUUUAUUCAAGCAUUAAGAAAUCAUAAUUCAAUUGAUCUAACAACGUUAAUUAAAUUAGCACAACAAAUACCAUCAAUAACAUCUAAUUCAUCUAUGUUUGAAUUAGGAGGAGAAUAUGAAGAAGCAUCAACAAUAUCAGAAAUGAUUGGAUUUCAAGCAUAUUAUAGAAAUAGAGAUAAUCAAUUUUAUUGUUUUCAAGAUAUUGAUUUAACAAGAUUACCUGUUCAUAUUAUUCCUGAAGUAAAAACAAGAUUAUAUAAAUUUUGUCAAACUCAUAAUAAAUAUUUUCAAUAUUACUUUUUUUCUCAACCAAUUUUAAUGGUUAGAAUGUCAAUUACUGAAGUUCCUUUAAAUUGGUAUUUACAACAAAAGAAAUUAUUACAAAAUAAAGAAUUAACAAGAAAAUGGUUUAUAAGAAUAACUAGUAGUAUUUAUUCAUUACAUCAAGAAUCAAUUGGUCAUGGAUCAUUAUCAUUAAAACAUAUUUUUAUUAAAGAUGAUGAAAUAAAAUUAGCAUUUUUUGAUUUAAUUACACCAAUAUCAACAGUAAUAGCAAAAGAUUUAAUUUCAUUAAAAAAAUUAUGGAUUAUUUUAGGAUGGUAUUAUUUCUAUGAAAAUAUUAAAGAAAGUGAAUUAGAGAAAUCAUCAUUUUUAACUAAAUUACAAAUUAUCUUUCCUGAAACAAUUAAUAUUCAAAAAGCAAAAAGUGUAGAAGAAAUAAUGUCUAUAAUUCAAUCAUUUGAUCCAAAAACGAAACAACUUUUUCAAAAACAUCAAGAAUCAAUAAGAAAAAUAGAUGAAACAAAUUAUGGAUUUGUAUGUGAUUUAGUUGUUUAUUCAAUCCAACCAACAUCACAACAUGAAUAUACUUCUCAAAUAAUGAUAAUUUCAAGUAUAAAAAGUGUAGAACCAUUAAAAUUAGCACGUAAUUUAAGAAGUGAAGGAUUUAUAAUUCAAACAUUAUUUAAAGAAGAUAUUAAAAUGGAAGAGGCAAAAAAAAUAAUAAAAGAUUAUAAUUGUGAUAGGUUGAUUCUUUUUGAUGGAGGAUUUAAAAUUAUCAAUGAGGAUGAAAUAAUUGAAAUAAAAAAUAUUAAUGAAGUUGUUUUAGAAAUUAAAUCUGGAAAUCCAAUUAAUUUUGAAUACACAACACUAAACAAAGUAGAUAUUGGAAGUAUUAUGUAUAAUGAAACAUCAAUUAAAGAUAUGCAUCCAGAAAUUAUCAAAGCUAUGAUUAUAUCUUUUGAAAAUGAAGAUAUUUUUAUUAAAAAAUAUCCAACAAUCAAAAAAUCUUUUGAAACAAACCAAAAUACAAAAGAAUCACCACAAGUAAUGAUCAUUCUUAAACAAUAUGAUGAGGAAUAUGUUGAAUUUAUUGGAAAGAAGAAGAAAAAGAAAUAA